AUUUCAUUUUUUAUGUAUAUAUUUUUUAAUCUCUCAUAAAGCUUCCAAAUAAACGUUGUCAUCACCACCACCUUUACAUAGGGCCAUCCUUUAGUGGUUAGAUUGGUUCGUAUAUUACUUCUGGGGUGUUCCACUCCUCCAUGGUUUUCUAAAAACCUGAUCAUCAAUUUUACGGUUUUUUUUUUCUUUUUUUUUUUUUUUUGGGUGUUAAAUGGAGGAGGACAAAGAAGCUCAAGAUGAAAGCUCUUAUCUUCAAAACCAGGAGAUAUCAGAAAGGGUAAUGAUUGUUGUGGAUAAAUAAUGCGAAAUCUGAUCUGGGUUUUUGCUGGAAAGAAGAGAAAGAUUUUCUCAACCACAGAUUAGAAUUGGCCUAGGAAGGAAUAUAUAUAUAUAUUUUUUUUUCAUAACUAAAAUCCAAUGGAGGCACAAGAUGUGGCUCAGCCGCAGACACCAACGGCUCAGCCACCGACACCAACAGCUCAGCCGCAGACGCCAACCGCUCCUCGGAAAAAGAUGACGAAACAGCUGACCGGAAAACGUGAUGAUACUCCUCUGCAUUCGGCGGCAAGAGCCGGAAACAUCGCCGUCGCCACGGAAAUCCUUACGGGCACGAAAGAAGGAGAAUUGGAGGAACUAUUGGCGAAGCAAAACCAGUCUGGGGAAACCGCCCUCUAUGUUGCAGCUGAAUAUGGCUAUGUUGAUUUGGUGAGGCAGAUGAUACAGUAUUAUAAUCUCGCCGACGCCGGAAUCAAAGCAAGAAAUGGAUUUGAUGCAUUCCACAUUGCUGCCAAACAGGGCGAUAUAGAUGUGCUAAAGGCCCUCAUGGAGGUUCAUCCGGAAUUGGCCAUGACGGUUGACUCAUCGAACACAACGGCUUUACACACGGCGGCGACGCAAGGCCAUACCGAGAUAGUGAAAUUCUUAAUGGAAGCGGGAAGCAGUUUGGCAACGAUUGCGAAAAGCAACGGGAAGACCGCUUUGCAUUCCGCCGCAAGAAAUGGGCAUUUGGAGGUUGUGAAAGCACUGUUAGAAAAGGAACCAAGUAUUGCCACAAGGACUGAUAAGAAGGGCCAAACAGCCCUUCAAAUGGCAGCCAAAGGACAGGGUCUUGAGGUUGUUGAGGAGUUGAUUAAGGCAGAUCCUUCUUGCAUUAACAUGGUUGAUAAUAAAGGAAACACAGCAUUGCAUAUAGCUUCCCGGAAGGGUAGGGCUCAGAUAGUGAAGAUGCUACUGGCACACAAUGGGACCGACACGAAAGCUGUGAACAGGUCCGGUGAGACGGCCAUCGACACGGCCGAGAAAACCGAGAACCCGAACAUCUCUGUCAUCCUGCAAGAGCAUGGUGUCCAGAGCGCCAAAACCAUCAAGCCACAGGGGACGAGCACAGCCCGGGAAUUAAAGCAAACGGUUAGUGACAUAAAGCAUGAAGUCCAUUACCAGCUUGAACACACCCGGCAGACAAGGAGACGAGUCCAAGGCAUUGCCAAACGCAUCAACAAAAUGCACGCAGAAGGUCUCAACAACGCGAUAAACUCUACAACCGUCGUGGCUGUCCUCAUUGCUACGGUGGCUUUUGCGGCCAUCUUCACCGUCCCAGGCCAAUACGUGGACGACCCCAAAGACAUCUCUCCAGGACACUCACUUGGAGAAGCCAACAUAGCUCCGCAAGCUUCAUUCAUCAUCUUCUUUGUGUUCGACUCGAUUGCCCUCUUCAUUUCUCUGGCCGUGGUGGUUGUGCAAACGUCGGUGGUGGUUAUAGAGAGCAAGGCAAAGAAGCAAAUGAUGGCGAUCAUUAACAAGCUAAUGUGGUUGGCUUGCGUGCUUAUUUCGGUGGCGUUCUUGGCGUUGUCGUUUGUGGUGGUGGGGAGUCGUGAGAAGUGGCUUGCAAUAGGGGUAACCAUCAUAGGAACGACAAUAAUGGCGACGACAUUGGGAACAAUGUGUUAUUGGGUAAUCAGGCAUCGAAUCGAGGCAUCGAAUAUGAGAAGCAUUAGAAAAUCCUCCAUGGGAAGUAGAUCAAGGUCUUGGUCUUUGUCUGUGAUGUCGGAUUCGGAGAUACUGAACAGUGAGUACAAGAAAAUGUAUGCAAUUUGAAAAGAAAAAAGAAAGAGGUCUUUUUAUUUCCAAUUAUGCCAAGAUUGAGUUUUUUUGCAUAUUGGCGUAAAAAAGGGAUCAUAUAUAGCCCCCUCUUUUUAUUUUUUGGUUCUGCUCUAAAAAGUUUUGGAGAAUGUUUGUAUGAAAGAGCAGAGAAAUGUGAAAAAGACAAAAAAGAAUUUCAAACAGAUUAAACAUGUUCAGAUUAUGUAUCAUAUUCAAUCAAUCCGAGUAUGAUCUUCUUCUUGGCC